AUGGACUUAGAGCAAACAAUUGGUUUACUUGGUUCUUUAUUAGCAUCCAGGCAAGUUAAUACUAAAAAAUUUAAUGGAGAUGCACAGGUUGUUGACACGGUUUCAGGCAACACCGAAAGAAUAAACGGUAUAAUUAACAUUAUUCAAAGGAUUGUCGAUAGAAAUGGACAACAAAGAUCACCAAAUAACGAGAAAAAUGAUCAACAGCUUAAAAAAUUAAGAGAAAUUGGUAGUAGGAUUCUUUUUGAGGAAGAAAAUAGGAAAAGAUAUAAUGAUGAGACAGGUGCCAGAAUUACAAAACUUGAUCAAGAGUUGAAACGAAUUACCAGAGUACUUAGCAAUGAAAGGUUGGCAUUUGCAGCUUUUAAUGAUACAACAAGUGGUAGAAUCGAUCGUUACAAACAGGAAUAUGCAAGAGUUGUCCAAUAUCUCGAGGAUGAAAAGCUUGCUAUACAAUUACAGAGUAACGAGGAAGUUAAUAUGCAUCAUAAUACCGAGAGAUUGUUUGUUAAUCAAGAGUUCAUUGCACCGCCAUACCAUAGGAAUAGUAGUUAUGAUGAUGAAAAUGAUAAAAAAACUCUUCAAUUACUUGCUGAUGAGGAAUUGGCUAGACAAUUACAUGAUAGUGAAAAUGGUGGCAAAAUAAAUAUAGAUCAAGAAAUACUUGCCGCUCAACAAUAUGAAAUCAAUAAUUUUACUCAACCAUUGGACAAAGAAAGAAUCGGCUUAAUUAUUCUUGGAAGAGGUGGAGGCGGUGGUGCAAAUUCAUCGCGGUCAUCAAGGAAUAAUGCUGAUGCUGCUAUGGGUGUAAUACUAUCUUGCUCGCACGGGUUUUGCUUUUUAUGUAUAUCAAAAUAUGUUAAUGUAGAAAUUCAAGGGGAUAAUAUUAAAUUUCCAAUUUUGUGUCCAGUUAAAUCAGCCACAUGUCAAAAAGAUGGGAUUUCAGAAGGAAUUAUUGAACAAGCUUUAAGUAGGGAAGACCUUGAAAAAUACUAUCGAAAGAUGGCAGAAAUGGCAAUUGGUGAUAAGAAGGUUUCUCCUUGGCAUAAUGAAUAUCAAGCUUUACCUGCUGAUCAAAGAUCGCCUGAAGAUUUAGAUGUCAUUAAUUUAGUAAAAAAGGAAGGGUGGAAACGGUGCCCAAGAUGUAAUUUUUUGAUUCAGAAAAAUGGUGGAUGUAAUCACAUGACUUGCAAAUGUAAAGCACAAUUGUAA